AGAUGGUUUCUUUGAUCAUUGAGGCUCUUGCUUGGUGCUCUAUGAUAGUUAUGAUUGGUGUGGAAACUAAAAUCUACAUCAGAGAGUUUCGAUGGUACCUCCGGUUUGGAAUACUUUAUGUUUUAGUGGGGGAUGCUGUAAUACUCAGUUUCAUUCUUCCGGUGAAGGAUUUAUACACAAGAUCUGUACUGUAUUCGUUCGUCAGUGGGCUUUCGUGCCAGGCUUUAUUCGGGAUACUUCUUCUUGUUUAUGUUCCUGGUUUGGAUCCUUACCCGGGUUAUGUCCCUCUAUAUGCCGAGUCUCUUGACGACACUAAAUAUGAAGCACUACUUGGAGGAGAGCAUAUUUGUCCAGAGAGACAUGCCAACAUAUUUUCCAGGAUAUAUUUUGGAUGGAUGACUCCUCUCAUGCAGCAAGGCUACAAAAAGCCAAUCACGGAGAAGGAUGUUUGGAAGUUAGACACUUGGGACCAGUCUGAGACAUUGAAUAGAAAGUUCCAGAAAUGUUGGGCUGAAGAGUCUCAAAGGUCAAAACCAUGGCUUUUACGUGCUUUAAAUUGUAGCCUUGGAGGAAGGUUUUGGUAUGGAGGCCUUUUCAAAAUUGGCAAUGAUCUUGCCCAGUUUGUGGGACCCGUUAUACUGAGCCAUCUCUUACAGUCUCUGGAGCAAGGUGAUCCUGCUUGGAUUGGUUACAUCUAUGCCUUCUCAAUUUUUGUAGGAGUGUCCUUGGGAGUGCUUUGUGAAGCUCAAUACUUUCAGAAUGUCAUGCGUGUUGGUUUCAGGCUUAGAGCAACCUUGGUGGCUGCUGUGUUUCGCAAGUCUUUAAGGCUAACCCACGAGGCUCGCAAGAAAUUUCCGUCUGGAAAGAUAACAAAUAUGAUGGCGACAGAUGCCAGUGCACUUCAGCAAAUAUGCCAACAGCUUCACGGUUUGUGGUCAGCUCCAUUCCGUAUUGUAAUUGCCAUGGUCCUUCUUUACCAGCAGUUAGGUGUAGCAUCACUUCUGGGUUCUCUUAUGUUGGUUCUCAUGUUCCCCAUACAGACAUUUAUCAUAAGCAAAAUGCGAAAACUUUCCAAGGAAGGACUGCAACGUACUGACAAGAGAGUCGGCCUAAUGAAUGAAAUUUUGGCUGCCAUGGACACUGUCAAAUGUUAUGCUUGGGAGAAGAGUUUCCAAUCAAAAGUCCAAAGCAUUCGGAGUGAUGAACUCUCAUGGUUCCGGAAAGCACAAUUACUGGGAGCGUGCAACAGUUUUGUACUAAACAGCAUUCCUGUUCUCGUGACUGUGGUAUCAUUUGGGAUGUUCACUUUGCUUGGUGGAGAUUUGACACCUGCAAGGGCGUUUACAUCACUUUCUCUGUUUGCGGUGCUACGCUUUCCGUUAAACAUGCUUCCGAAUCUAGUAACUCAGGUUGUAAACGCAAAUGUAUCAUUACAACGGCUGGAGGAACUAUUCCUAGCUGAAGAGAGAAUUCUUUUACCCAAUCCACCUCUUGAACCCGGGCUUCCUUCCAUUACAAUCAAGAACGGAUACUUUUCGUGGGAUUCCAAGGCUGAGAAGCCGACGCUAUCCAAUAUAAAUUUGGACAUACCAAUUGGCAGCCUGGUUGCAAUUGUAGGCAGUACCGGAGAAGGAAAGACAUCACUUAUAUCAGCAAUGCUUGGUGAGAUUCCUCCUUUGGCAGAUGCAAGUGUUGUCAUCAGAGGAUCGGUUGCUUAUGUUCCACAAAUUUCUUGGAUUUUCAAUGCUACCGUACGUGAAAACAUAUUGUUUGGAUCUAACUUCGAACGAGAAGGAUAUUGGAAGACUAUAGAUGUAACUGCGUUGCAGCAUGACCUUGACUUGCUUCCUGGGCAUGAUCUUACCGAGAUUGGUGAAAGAGGGGUAAAUAUUAGUGGGGGGCAAAAGCAAAGGGUCUCCAUGGCUAGGGCUGUGUACUCCAAUUCAGAUGUUUACAUCUUUGACGACCCUUUAAGUGCUUUAGAUGCUCAUGUUGGUCGCCAGGUUUUUAACAAAUGUAUCAAGGAAGAGUUGCAAGGGAAAACAAGAGUGCUCGUUACAAACCAGCUACAUUUCCUUCCUCAGGUGGACAGAAUUAUCCUGGUCUCUGAAGGUAUGGUGAAAGAAGAUGGAACUUUUGAGGAGCUUUCCAAGAAUGGCACACUAUUCCAAAAGCUAAUGGAAAAUGCAGGGAAGAUGGAUGUUCAUGUUGAUGAAAAUGCAGACUGGACAAAUCUUGACAAUAAUGCCUCAAAACCAGCUGCUAAUGGAGUUCUGAAUGAAUUUCCAAAAGAUGCAAGCUCUAGAAAUAAAAGAAAAGAAGGUAAAUCUGUCCUUAUUAAGCAGGAAGAACGUGAGACAGGUGUUGUCAGUUGGAACGUUUUGACGCGGUAAGAUUGCAUAUCUAUGAAAUUUUAUGCUUUGGUUCACAUAACUUUAUGUUUAUCCGAUAAUUUUUUAGUUCUUUUUAUGGUAAACUAAACAGAUCUUAAUCCUUUCUUAAACAAUAUGGAAAUCAGACCCCUUCAUUGAGUGUUCCAGUAGACACUGAAAAAAACUAAAAAUCGAACACAAAACAAAUAUACAACAUCCAAUAUCCUGUGACCGG